AUGAUUUUCAAGUAUAUCCAAGAGCCGAACAUUGGGGCUUUAUUUCGAUCCCGUGACUCGCUAGUCUAUGUGAACAGAGCCAGAAAGCAAAUAGGAUGGAGAGUGCUGCCCAGAACGAAGCCAUUCUGGUGGCUUUGUAAUCUUUGGGCCCUAAUACUUGCUUUGCUCAUAUUUGUCUACGUGCCCUACGCACUUUUAAUGGCCGGAAUAAAGGAGUUCAAGAACUUUACGACCACCGAGCUGUUCACCUAUAUUCAGGCUCCGGUGAACACCAGUGCCUUUAUGAUUAAGAUCAUUAAAGUAUUCUUUCUGCGCGCUCGAUUCGCGAAGGCUUUGAAGAUUAUGGAUAUAAUGGACACGCGUUGCACCAAAAUGGAGGAGAAGCUUCAAGUGCAUCGCUCCGCAGCAUUGUGUAACAAAAUCGUCAUUAUAUACCAUUUCGUAUAUAUGGGCUUCCUAACUAUGACCGUACUAGGAGCUGUAGUUGCUGGAAAGACUCCAUUCUGUCUGUAUAAUCCAGUGACUAGCCCCGCGGAACAUUUAUAUUUGGCCAUUGCAAUGGAAACGGGCACAAUCGGCUGGGUUGUUUUUGGAAACCUCAUUUUGGACGUCUAUCCGGUACUUUUUGUGGUCACAUUGCGAACACACACUGAACUUUUGAGACAGCGAAUCAAUGAUCUUCGAUCCGAUCCGGACAAACCGGAUGAACAGCAUUAUGUGGAGCUGACGGAUUGUAUCAAGGAUCACAAACUAAUUGUCGAACUUGGCAACACCAUGCGUCCGGUGAUCUCGGCCUCACUGUUUAUACAGCUACUAUCCGUCGGUCUUCUUUUGGGUUUCUGUGUAGUUUCGCUGCAGUUUUAUACCACCACAAUGGAACGCUUAGCCUCGGCCGCCUAUAUCAAUGCAAUCAUUUGUCAAACCUUUCCCUGCUGUUAUGUUUGCGAGCUAUUAACCCACGACUGCGAAACCCUAACCAACACAUUGUUUCAUUCCAAUUGGAUCGGGGCAGACCGUCGAUACAGGACCACCAUGCUCCACUUCAUUUAUAAUGCCCAGAAACCAAUUCUGUUCAAUGCGGGCGGAAUUUUUACAAUUUGCAUUAGAACAAACCUUAAGUUGGCCAAGUUUGCUUUCUCCGUGGUAACCAUUGUGAAUCAGAUGGACUUGGCAGAGAAAUUGAGAAGGGAGUAG